AUGGCCUCCGCGCGUGUGUCGCUGCGCAGCCUCGUGCCAGUUGUGGCCGCCGUGGCUGUAGUUUAUUUCGCUUCAUAUUUCGGGGCAUGGAUGCAGGUAACUUUCAGGGACCGCCGGCCAGUGCUGUAUCUCUUGGGUGACUCUAUCACGGAGAACGGUGCCAACCCUGACAAGUCCGGGUGGGUGGCACUACUGCAGCAUCGCUACCAACGGUCGACCGACGUCCUUCCCCGCGGACUUUCGGGCUACAAUACCAAGUGGUUCAUCGAGUUCGCGCUGCCUGUUAUCAAACGUGAGCUGUCUGACGGCAGCAUUUCUCCAUCUUUGAUCACGCUGUGGCUAGGAGCAAAUGAUGCAGCACUGACAGACGGACCAUCGGCGCGACAGCACGUGCCAUUGGAAGCGUACGCUACCAACUUGGAGACAAUUGUAUACAUGUUAAAGGCAAGUGCUCCAGAUGCUGAGCUGCUACUGAUCACACCUCCUCAUGUGGACGACGCUGCGCGGCAGAUGCGCUCCAAGACCGGUCGUCUUGACCGUUCGAAUACAAUGGCAGGCGAGUACGCUAGGGUGUGCGUGGAGACAGCAGGGAAAGUCGGGGUGACGGUAUUGGAUGUGCAUUCUCUAUUCAACGCAAUGUCAGCUCGCGAGCGAACUAUGUGCCUUGAAGACGGGCUGCACUUGUCGGCAUGGGGGAACCGACUCAUGGAUCGGCUGCUGCGCACAAAGAUUGCAGACGCGUUUCCAGCGUUGAUGUCUCGCCUGGAGGUUUGGGAUAUCCCCAACUGGAAUCGGCUACCAUGAUACAUGUACAUGUACUUCACUUACUGAAAGCAAAUGGCUUCACUGUUAAAGGGGUUUGAAUGAACGUAGCAGCCAUGA